CCCGAGCUCGCCGUCCCCUGCGACGCCGACAAUGACCACUGAGCUGCACCCGACGUCUACGGGCGCUAGACCACACCCGAGGAAGCGCCCACGAACGAGCGGACACGACCCGUACCCCGGCGAAUUACGAACCGCGCUAUCAGAUGCAUGCCACAGUACAAACACCCCAACACAUGGUGCCACACCAGUCCCAGAGGACGAUCCCAGACAAACAAAGCAGAUACUCGAGACAAUGACAUGACAUUCCGUCACAAUAACAGACACUCUCCCUCCACAAACAUGAAAUGACUGUGCUCGUUCACAUCCUCACAUUCUCUACACCCCAAAUACUCCCACAAAGAUCAUUACGUUAGGCCGUUCAAACCGCAUCAGAUGCCGUCACUGGCGUCAGGAUCUUCUAAAAAGUAAACGCUCG